AUGUUGUCUGCACAGGCGCUUCUUGGGGCUUGGCUACUUCUGUCGGCUCCCUCUGUGGCAGCCGAUACAUGCCAGACACCUAUUGAUCAUCCAGGAGAGCCCUUCAGCUAUGUGCAACCCCUCAACACCACUAUCCUGAGCCCCUAUGGCCAUUCUCUGCCCGUUUUUCCUUCACCAAAUAUCACUGGCAAUGGCGACUGGCAGACUGCUAUGGUCAAGGCCAAGCAGUUUGUGAAAAAGCUCACGCUCGAAGAAAAGUCCUGGGUGGCAACCGGUCAACCAGGCCCUUGCGUUGGGAACGUCCUCCCCAUCCCGCGUCUCAACUUCAGUGGCCUCUGUCUUCAAAACGGCCCUCAAUGUGUGCAACAAGGAGAUUACUCUAGUGUAUUCGUGAGCAGUGUCUCGGCUGCCGCAAGUUGGGACCGCCAAUUACUGUAUGACAGAGCAUAUGCUUUGGCCCAAGAGCACAAGGCCAAGGGUUCGCACGUCAUUUUAGGACCUAUCGGAGGACCUCUAGGCCGCAGUCCCUAUGAUGGUCGCACCUGGGAGGGUUUUGCAGCUGAUCCUUACCUGACUGGUGUCUGUAUGGAGGAGACUAUCAAUGGCAUGCAAGAUGCAGGUGUUCAGGCCAAUGCAAAGCACUUUAUUGCCAACGAGCAAGAAACGCAACGCAAUCCCACUUAUGCCCCGGAUGCCAAUGCGACCACUUAUAUCCAGGACUCGGUCUCGGCAAACAUUGAUGAUCGAACUCUUCAUGAGAUCUAUAUGUGGCCAUUUGCUAAUGCUGUCCGGGCGAAUGUGGCCAGUGCCAUGUGCUCGUACAACCGCCUGAACGGUUCCCACUCGUGCCAGAACUCGUACUUGCUCAACCAUCUCCUCAAGACAGAGCUUGGCUUCCAGGGAUAUGUCAUGUCGGACUGGGGUGCUACUCACAGUGGUGUGGCAUCGGUCGAGAGUGGCAUGGAUAUGACUAUGCCUGGAGGAUUCACCUUGUAUGGUGAAGAAUGGACUGAGGGUUCCUUCUUGGGGAAGAAUCUCACGCAGGCUGUUCAGAACGGCACUGUUGAGAUGUCUCGUUUGGAUGACAUGAUUGUACGCAUUAUGACUCCCUACUUCUGGCUUGGUCAGGACAAGAACUACCCAAGUGUUGAUGCUUCGGUUGGCCCUCUUAACGUGGAUUCACCUCCGGAUACUUGGCUAUACGAUUGGAAAUUCACCGGAGAAACCAACCGUGAUGUCCGUGCCAACCACAGUGCAAUGAUUCGCCAACACGGAUCUGCUUCUACCGUCCUGCUCAAGAACGAGAGAAAUGCCUUGCCUCUUCGCAAGCCCCGUAACAUCGUGAUUGCGGGUAACGAUGCUGGUCCUCUCACUCAAGGUCCCGAUCUUCAGGCCAACUUUGAAUACGGUGUCCUCGCAGGUUCCUCGGGCUCUGGCUCCUGCAGAUUCUCAUACCUGUCAACACCACUGGAUGCCAUCAAUACCAGGGCCCGCAAGGAUGGCUCCCUGGUUCAAUCCUACUUGAACAACACCCUGCUCACCACGACAGCUUUGACUUCGCCGCUCUGGAUCCCACAGCAGCCCGAUGUCUGUCUCGUCUUCCUCAAGUCCUUUGCAGCUGAAGGCGAGGAUAGAACAUCCCUCGAGCUCGACUGGAACGGAAACGCCGUCGUCGAAACCGUUGCCAGCCACUGCAACAAUACCGUCGUCAUCACCAACUCAGGUGGUGUCAAUGUCAUGCCAUUCGCCGAUCACCCGAACGUGACUGCUAUCCUAGCUCAGCACUAUGCAGGAGAAGAGACAGGCAAUGCCAUCGUCGACAUCCUCUAUGGCGAUGUAAACCCAUCUGCCAAGUUACCAUAUGUUAUUGCAUACAAUGAGUCCGACUAUAACGCUCCCCUAACUACCGCCGUGCAAACCAAUGGUACAUAUGAUUGGCAGAGCUGGUUUGACGAGGAACUCGAGGUUGGCUAUCGAUACUUUGAUGCGCAAAAUAUCUCAGUGCGCUAUGAGUUUGGUUUCGGUUUGAGUUAUACUUCGUUCAGCUUGAAAGAUCUCAAGGUGAAGAACUCUUCUUCGGCUCGUAUCUCUGCCCUGCCACCCUCGCGACCUACCGCGCCCGGUGGUAAUCCUGCUCUUUGGGAAACAGUAUACACUCUCGAGGCUGAGGUUUCGAACACCGGAGAUGUCGAUGGAUUUGCCGUGCCUCAGCUAUACGUUGAGUUCCCUACCUCGACUCCAGCUGGAACUCCUCCAAGCCAACUUCGUGGGUUCGACAAAGUUUGGCUCCAGUCUGGGGAGACGAAGACUGUCACCUUUGAGCUCAUGCGCAGAGAUGUCAGCUACUGGGACGUUGUCUCCCAGGACUGGCGUGUGCCUACCAGAUCUUUCACAUUUAAGGCUGGAUUCAGUAGCCGUGAUUUCCGCAGUAAUGUGACUGCAACUUUGGUUAAGGCAUGA